AUGAGUAAAGAUCCAGAGACCUUACAUCCUCAUGUAACCCAACUAAGGAUUGCAUUAUUUGGCGGAACAGGUUCAGGAAAGAGUUGCCUCAUCAAUACAUGUGAACGUGCGGUGAGGGGAGCGGAAAGAGGCUUUGCGGAGAGCAGUUCAGAAGAAGAAUCGACCGUUACGCUCCAGGACCAUCUUCCAGAGAUGUUCUUCCACCUGGUCGACACCAGAGGUUUCUUCAAUUUUGAUUCUAACGAGACUGAUGAGUUUCAGAACAUCUUGUUGGGGAAAAUCCAACCUGGCGAUACAAUAGAUCGUCCUACGAAUGGGCAGACCAGUCAGCAGAAGUUGCAUCAAUUCCCAGCAUUUGAGAAAAGAGUUCACGGAAUCAUCAUCGUUGUAAAGGCAAAUGACCCGCGGCUACAGGAGGGAACACUGGGGGAAUACCUUCAACCAUUCCGAGAAAUAAUUUGUAAUAAUGGUAACUUCUUAACUUACCUUUGUCGUUCCUUAGAUUACGAACUUAACGCCCUUACCGGAAAACGUCGAAGAAAAACGCCACAAGGACAAAGUUGGAAAAUUUUUCUACCAUUGAUUAUUUUUCGUUAUUAUUUUCAGAGAUUAAGCCCACAACAGUCGUCACUCACUGUGACACACUUCAUACGAAAGAAGAAGUUACACGCGCCCGAACAGAAGCGUCAGAAGCUACGGGUAGUUCCUUUUCUAACACACUCUUCAUUGGGAACUAUACCAAAGAAAAUUGGGAUCGUAACAUUAAGAUAGAGCGUAUGGCACUCGAAAUUCUGCACAGAGCAUUAGAGGAAUCUGAGAGGGCAGUAAUAAGGGUCAUGAAGGAAACAGGUUUGUUAAUUGAUGGGCUGAGUAAGAAACUAGUUAACUUUUCGACUGAUAACUAGGUAAUUUUUUGUUGUUGAAUAUUAUUAAGGCUGAGUUUUGAAAAGGUGGGAAAGAAUUGCAGAUUACUACCAUUUCGGUGAUGUGUACAGAUUUUAGUUGAACUGUUUUCUCGUGCUCGUUGUAUUUAAUUUAUGCUGUCGAGAGUAAAAUAGUUUAUACCACAUUUAUACUAUAUAUAAUCUCUUAUCUUUCCCUCUCCGCCUUUUACAUCCACAUUAGUACCUCGAGAGAUUCUUGAGCGAGGACCUUUGGCUUUCGAAGCCUACAAUAAAGCUCGUAGUGAGGGGACCACGGUUGUUAAGAGGGUACCCAUCAUGUUGAUUGGACAAAACCGCUCAGGAAAGACUAGCUUAAAGAAGUCACUCCGAGGCCAGCGUUUCGAUGAAAAUGAAAAAGGCACUUUAGGGAUAGAGGUUGACCAUUCAUUCUUUAAAGUGUCUUGCGAGCUUUGGAAGAUUGGGGAGAGAGACCAAGAUGCCAGUCCAGAUUCAGCAUCACUAUUCGAUCGCCAUCUUGCCAAAUGUACAGUUGAAAAUUUGGGUUUCACGACAAAAUUUGAGGUUGGUUCAGCCAAAACUAUUGUCUCUGAAGACUCAGACUCAAAAGGAGCCAGCCCAAAUUUAGCUCUUGAAUCCUCAUUUACUCAAGUGACUUACAAAGAAACCUUUACUUGUGAGGAGGUACCUUUGGUGUCAGAGAACCCUGAUGAGACGGAAAAUUCGUCAAAACACGUCAAGCCUGGACCCGAUAUCAAAAAUGGUCAGGAAUCAAAAGAAUGUCUGGGCAACGUAAUAGAAAUGUGGCUGCAAAAGAGAAUUCCCAGCGAGGAAGAGGUGUUUUCCAUGUUGUGGGACUUUGGCGGAGAGUCAGUCUACUACACCACACAUCCAAUAUUUCUAACUCCAAAAGCGAUCUACUUAUUGGUUCACGAUCUCAGCCAGGAUGCAAGUGCAGUUGCCAAACCAGUCAGUUACCAUGGACGGUACAAAAACUACACAGACAGCCACUGUUUGAAACAAAAUGUCGAUUACCUCUAUUUUUGGAUGUCUCUUGUUGCCUCUUUAGCCUAUCACCAUAAUAGUGAUCCCUCAAACACAACAUCAAAAACAUUGCCGGAAAGUCUUCCCCCAGUUUUCUUGGUGUGCACCCAUGCAGACGAGCCCUUUGGUCGCGGUGAUGCUACAACACUUGCCCGAAGUGUUUAUGGUUCUUUAAAAGGAAAGCCAAGUGGAACUCACCUGUGGAAAGAUUUUUUUGUCGUAGACAAUACCAAAUCCGGCAAAGAGCCUGAAUGUUCAGGGGUUGUGCGCCUACGUAAGGAGGUACGUGCUGCUUGUAACGAAUCACAAAAGCAAGGAGAAGCCAUACCAAUCAAGUGGUUACAGUUUGAAAAUGCCAUCAAGGAGAAAAAAGAAAAAGGCUUUAAAUUCAUUGAUCUUGAGGAUGCCAGAAUUGCUGCUGAGGAGUGUAACAUUCGCGACGAGGAUCAGUUUCGGACAUUAAUGAAUUAUUUGCAUGACCAGAGAAUUUUGAUUCACUUUGAUGAAACUCCUGAGCUAGACAGAAUGGUGGUCUUGGACUGUCAAUGGUUGGUCGAUGUGUUCAAGAGCGUAAUUACAGUCAAGCCCUACGAAGGAGAAGACAACGAAUUUGCAGACCUUUGGAAAACGUUUGAGGAGGAAGGAAUCUUAAAGGAAGAACUCCUGAAACACGUCUGGAGCCCUUUAUUCAAGGGACAGACUAACUGCGACAGUCUUAUUGCAAUUAUGGAGAAGUUCAGUUUGCUUUGCUCUUUGCCCUCACCUAAUCUUUCCUAUGCAAGAGAGUACUUGGUGCCGUCAAUGUUGAUGUCUCUUCCCGCAGAGGAUGUUAAAAGCUUGGUGGAUUCCUCACAGAUUCCCUCCCUUUUCAUAAAAUUUAAGUCUGGGCAAGUUCCUCCAGGCUUAUUCCAUAGACUGGUCCUCGAGUUCUUUUCGUUGGGCCAGGAAAAUCAAUCAAGCCAAUUACCCUGCCUGCAUCAAAAUUUUGCCAGAUUUCACAUCCCUGAAAAAAGAAACUGUUCUCUCAUCCUUCUCAGUCAUUCCUCUUCUGUUGAGGUUGUCUUUCACUCAGGUGAGCCAGCUGACGGUUCCUUUGUUCAGAAAUUACGAAGGCAACUUGAACUGGUUCUUGAGUCCAUGCGUAUUAAGUUCUUCUGGUUCAAGAGUAUGAGGUAUGAAGCAGCUUUCACCUGCCCAGUCUGCUGUCGAGGUAAAGCCGUUAGCUUUUGCCACACUCAUAAGAUUCAAGGUUGCAAGCAAGAGGAAUGUCUGCACUUCUGGUUUGAGUCUGAAAUUAACAAGAAAAGUGAUUGCAACAAGAAUGCCACAGCACUAAAUUGUGGAGUUGAUAUCCAGAAAUUUGCCCCAUGGACCCACCCAGAAAUCAUAGUGAGUGACUUUCAGCAGAUUUGUAUUGCAUUCCUUUUGUUUUAUAGAUUUAUAACAGUUCGAAUGCUUAGGACCAUAAACCGUAAGCCGUAAGCCCCGUCUCCCGAAUCUUGAAUCCUGUCCGUAUCCUAAAUCUAAUGUUUGGAAGGGACUACUGAACUAUUUUCGAACGGACAACCAGACUAAACUGUCACUCGCGAUCAGCUGGAAUUAUCUUUUACUAUUUUCUACUCUUUUGAUUAAUUUUCUACAGUUAACUGAGGGCACACAUGCUGAGACCCAAACGGCCUGGGAGAAAGGUAUGUAGAGUUUUUAAUUAACUUUUUCACUUACAUAUAUAAAACUUACACAUAUAAUCUUUAUUUGUUCUCUGUUGUCGUUUGAGCUAUUUUUAGAUAGAAAGUAUUGGAAAUAAUUUAGAGGACUGGAUGCCUGGAAAAACCAAAGGAGCUGGCGAUGCCAGGCAGACAGUUGACAUCAGCACUACAGCUGUCUAACAAUCCCCUUAGGUCCUCGAUGGAAGCCCUUAUUUUACCUGGUGACGUAAAUAUCUACAAAUAGAUUUCAUGGUGGCGUUCGUCUGUUCAGUAAUAGAUAACAGAUGGCGUAAAAGCUGUGGUAAGAAUAAAAACGAGGCGCACGAGGCGCAGCCGAGUUUUUCAAUGGUGUCUUGGCAUGUUACUUAUUUGUUUUAUUUUUUCGUCUUUCAAUGAGUCAAAUAGAGGAUUUUACUCACCCAGCACCACCUCUUUCUGGUCAGACAGUAUUUUGCAAUCUGACACUGCCCUUCUUAGGUUUUUACUGUUGCCAGUUGAUGUCAGAUUUCCCAAAAAACCCACCACCAAUUCUCCGAUUUCUAGACCAAUUAUGGCGAACAAUUCCAUGAAUAGAUAUGGAAAACUUGAUUGAAUUAAGCCUUUCUUAUCUGCUUGUAUUAGAAACCCUAAAGGUUGAAAAAUUCCUUUCGGAAUGUAAACGUGAUGCCACACGUGAUGAUUUCUUGUCCAAACUGACGACUAUUCUGGAACUGGGCCUACUCAAUUCAGAUCUAGAUCCUGCAACCAAGACAGUUAUCCGUAUCCUGGCAAGAAAAGCCAAAGCCAUGAACAGAGUUGAUGUAUUUGAGCGUUUGAGAAAGGUUGUGCCCGCUGGAACAACUGGUAAGUCUGUGAAAUUAAAUAAUUUUUAAUCAUGUAUAUUUUACAUAUAUUACCGCACUGAGCACUCAUGAAGGUGGGAGAAAAGAAACGAUGCCAUACUUUAUAUAAUAUUUUGUAAUUUUAGAUUCAAGCUUUUCCUAGCUGCAAUCUUCCGUAUUGCAACUUUGUUUUUUUCGCCGUUUUAAAAAUUAAAAUACACCAUUACAUUACUGUGAGAAAGAUUAAUACUUUAGUUCUGUUAAGCCUUUCAUACAAUCCCUCAUGGGAAGUUAAGCUGUCCCCCCUUCCUUCCUCUCUGGAAACCACGUGAUCCCAAAAGUCGAACUUCCCCAAUAUCUUGCUACGUUGUUCUGGAAUGAGUUGUUAUAAAAAAAAUUUAAACGUUCUGUUUUUCUUAUUUGUAGGUCCCUCUUUGGCUGAACAUAUCGAUGUUUGUAACAUUCCUUCGGCCCAAAGGCUUAGUCUUACAAUGCAUUUGGGUGGUACGUAUUGAGCUUGAGAAUAAAAGAGUAACUAAAGAGCCAGUCCAGAUUUAUCGCCGGAGAGGGAUCGAAGGACUUCUUUUUGAGGGGCUUUCAGGGGGAUGCGGAGAAGGCUCGGUCCUCUAGAUCAGAGUUUAAAGGGGAAACUUUAAACAAUUGAUUGCUAAUGAGGAAAGAUCAUUAGAAUACUGUAGAGCCUUAUGGGGAGAUAAGUAUAUUUCAUUAUGUUACAACCAAAAUCCUCUUCCAAAACUCCCCCGGCAAUAAUUAAUGAGAGCCAAUCUAUCGUCCGCCUUCCGACGAUUGUAGAAGAACAUUGACAUCGAACUCCGCUCUGGGGUUAUUUGGAAAGAUCAUGACAUUAUAGUACCUAUGUAAUGGCCAAGGGUCAAAAGCCAAACUAAGCUCAACCUAAUGUUAAGCUCUGUACCUCUAUGUGUUAUAUGAGGAACGCUCUCAAAAAUUUGGACAACUCUGUAGACUAGAUACAGCGAAACGUAAAGACAAAUAUAGAUAUAUUUUUCCUCGUCGUAGGUGGAAAUGAAUGGCAGAUGGUAGCUGAGCAACUGGGAUUACAGCAAUUUGAGAUCCGAUUCCUUGACAAACGUCAUAGGAAUCCAUUUGAAGCAGCUUUGAGUUUCGUUUCUCAACAGCGGCAUUUAAGUGUAGGCAGUCUGUACGACCUGCUAAACAAUCUUGGAUAUCCUAACAUUGCUGACUUACUGUAGAUAGGGUGGAUUUGGGUUCAUAUCUCUUUUACAUCAAAGAGCAGGCUAAAGAACAAUCUCGACAUUUUUCUAUAGUUUAUAAAUACAGCCAUCAAGUUGGCUCUAUGAUUAACUAAACUGUAAGACGACGGGUUCCCUCACAGGUUGAAGUAUCACAAUAAUUCUAUAGAAGAAACCUCGAGCUGACAAAAAACUAGGCAGGAGAAACGAAAACGAAACUUAGGAAAACGAAAUAGGUAAAGCAGCCACCGACUGCCAAUAAAGUUUGAUUUUGAAUUCAAUAUGGAAAUAUUUGAUCCCUAUAUAAUACAAAGGUCAGCACUCAGCUCAG